ACGAGAUGCUUCAUGACGCGCGGGGACCCGGUAAAACAAGCCACACAACGGGUCCUCGGACAAGUCCUCCAGAUCAGCCGCAACUGCGGGGCAUAUGCCCCCUCGCCUGCCCCAGGAACUAGCGGAGAUGAUCAUCGACGAGCUGGGCCUCACCUACCAGCGCCCGACCCUUGCCGCGUGCUCCCUCACCUGCCGCGCCUGGCUGCAUCGCUCCCGCGUCCACAUCCACUCCGCCGUCAGACUCGACCCCAGCAGCCACCUCGACCACCUCUCCCUCCUCUACAGCGGCAGCCUCGCAGAAUACGUCCGCAGCCUCAGCAUCGACGCCUCCGUCGAGGGCGAGCCCCGCCCCCACCCGUGGCUCAACACCGUCAGGCCCCUCCUCCUCCGACUCAGGCGCAUCCGCCGCCUCGCGCUCGAGGCCAUCGUCUGGGAACACCUCGAGGAGGAGACAAGGCGCAUCUUCCUCACAAACUACGAGGACGUGCGCGACAUCUGGCUGGCCACAUGUGAUUUCUACGACCCAGCCGCGUUUGUACGUUUCCUUCAGUCCUUCGACAGGGCGGACACCAUCCGCAUGGAGGGCAUGGGCUGCGAUCCCGUCGAUUGCGAGCAGGCGCUUGAGAAGAACGGCGAGGUGCUGCACCUCGAGUGGCUCGAUGUCGGAGAGCUCUGCAACGCCCCCAGCGUCGUCGCCCGAUGGGCGUGGUACGGGCGCAAGGAGCUCACUAUCGAGAACAUCCACUUCACCUGGGGCAGUGAGGACCCCAUCCACCUGUCUCGCAUGUUGCAGCUUGCCGGCCCAUCUGUGAAGAGCCUCUCCAUCACAAUGAACGACCGUGUCCAGCGCGUCCAGACGACCCCAGGUGAACUACGGGGUGCCAUCGACCUUAGCCACAACACCAACAUCCGGACGCUACGUAUCCUCCUCCGCCUCGAGACCAGCAACUACAUCGAGGUGUCCUGGAUCGGCGACGUCCUCGCCCAGCUCUCGUCGCAGGCCCUCGCACACAUCUCCAUAUUCAUCGAGCUGCCCUCGUAUGAGCUGCUCGACAAGCUCAGAUGGGAUCUGAUCGACUCCGCCCUCGCAGAUACGCGCUUCCGGGCGCUGAAGAAAGUCGAGUGCUGCAUCCUCCGACGCUACAUGCUCCAUCAAGGCCUCGACCCCGGCGCCAUCGAUCGAGUGAGGCACGCCCUACCGAAGCUCCUGGCCCUAGGGAUCCUUGAAGUCUCGCAAGAUUACACCUAAUCCCAAAAAACUCACAUCGUUCUUGCCUCGUUUAGUUCCUCUCGCUUUCUCUCUUGCCGUGUCUGUCGGGUCCAUCCGACGGACUGCCAUUCGAAGAUCAUCGUUCCUACUUCGGAUGGACGGAGUAGCCUGUUGGCAGGACCCUUCGCGAUCCUGCAGGAGGCUAUUGCGUGCGUCUCCUUGUUUCGGCGUUGCUUUCACUUUCUUGGGAGGAUGGGCACGAGCUGCGUGUGUGCAGU